AUGGAAACAAAAAAGGUUAAAUUAGCUGAUUAUGACAUAAUGAAUACAUUGGGGACUGGUUCAUUUGGAAGAGUAAGAUUAGCAAAACAAAAAUCAAAUAACAAAUAUGUUGCUUUGAAGAUGCUAAAAAAAAUUGAAAUAUUACGACUUAAAUAGGUUGAUCAUAUUAUAAGUGAAUUUAACAUUCUCAAGUAAGUAAAACACCCAUUUCUGAUUGAAAUGAGUGGGUACACUUAAGAUGAACGGUACUUGUAUUUUGUGUUGGAGUACAUAUAAGGAGGAGAAUUGUUUACAUACUUAAGAAAUGCUGGAACAGUACAAAAUGAAGAGGCUUAAUUCUACUCAGCCUAAGUUGUUUUAAUGUUUGAGUAUCUUCACACUAAGAAUAUAGUGUAUAGAGAUUUGAAGCCUGAAAAUCUUCUUGUCUAAUCUGAUGGUUAUCUGAAACUAACUGAUUUUGGUUUUGCUAAAGUGGUUGAAGAUAGAACCUAUACAUUAUGUGGUACACCUGAAUAUUUGGCACCUGAAAUCCUAUUAAAUAAAGGUCAUAGUAAACCUGUAGAUUGGUGGUGUUUAGGAAUCUUUUUGUAUGAAAUGCUUGCAGGAAUUGAUCCAUUUAAUGAUGAAGAUCCAAUGGCUAUAUAUUAGAAAAUAUUGAAGGGGAAAGUCAAAUAUCCACGUAAUUUUGAUAAUGAAGCAAAAAGCUUAGUAAAACAUUUAUUGGAAUAGGAUGUAACAAAAAGAUUUGGGAAUUUAAAAAAUGGUGUAGAUGAUAUUAAAUAACAUAAAUGGUAUGAAACUCUGAAUUGGAAAGAUUUGUUUGCCAAAAAACUAAAGCCACAAUAUAUACCAGUUAUUCAAUCUGAUUAUGAUACUUCUAAUUUUGCUACUUAUCCUGAUAGUACUGAAUUACCAGACUCUAUUAAAUAAUAGGAUGAUCCAUUCAAAGAUUGGUGACUAAAAGGUUAAAUUGUUAUAUGUAAAUAUUUA